AUGCUGCGCGAAGUAACCGACCCUACAAUGCCUUGGCUUGGCUAUAUUCCUGGUCAAACACCCGCCUUCCUUGGUAUUGGUGUGCUGGUCAGCUAUUCCAUCUUAAUAACCUACAUUGAUCUCAACCCAGAUUUCCUGCGUAACCGGCGGCUUCUAAGAGCCUCACAUUUUUAA